UGCAAUUGAAGAAGAGAACGAUUCGUUCCACAUCGUCUUCCAUCUUGCACCAUCCUAUCCAAGAAUAUAGUUCAAAUUGGCGCAGCGAUUGAAGUGUGAGUAGAUACUUGGAUUCCAUCUCCUGGUCUGGGUUUGAUUUUGAGCUCCCACGAUUGGUAUGGAAACUGUGGUAGCAACUGUUAGUGGCUACCAUGGCUUGGACCGGUUCAACCUCAUCAAGCUGAUAUCUCAGUCUGGUGCCAGUUUUGUAGGUUCAAUCUCAAGAGCUACUACACACUUGGUGUGUUGGAAAUUUGAGGGAAGAAAAUAUGACCUUGCCAAGAAGUUUAAAACAAUUAUAGUUAAUCAUCAGUGGGUUGUAGAUUGCAUAAAGCAAGCGAAGCGUGUUCUAGAGCAACCUUACAUGCUGCAAAGUGGAAAAGAAGUGGGGCCUUUAUUGCUGGAGGUCCCAAUUACUGACAAGGUUGGAUUCUUGAACAAAAACCGUGAGGCACUGGCUGACAAAUCCAACAUUUCUGAAGACUCUGAAAGACUAAUAAAUGGCAUGGGCUGUGGGGAUUCUGGCCCUUGGACUAGUUCUCUUUUGUUGGAUGAGAAUUUGUUUCCUGAGGUCAAUAAAAAAAAGACUAGUGCGUCAAAAUCAAAGCCGAAUCAGGUAAACAAAUCUUCAAAGCAGGAACGCAGGUCAAGUGGCAGAUACUGUUUUCAGGACCCUCCUUUAUCUGGUCUAGUUACGUUGGAGCAUGAAGGGCCUGUGAGAGACAAAGGGAAGAUUCUGGGGCAUGAAGAGCCAAGUUCUUGUUCUGACAAGCAAUCAAUGAGGGGAAAAAGGAAGACUUCUGAUAAUAUUGGAAGCACGUCUUUUGCUGAAUCUUCUCGUAUUGGACGGAGGCUUGUGAAGAAAAAUGUUAGCAUAGACAAGAUGGAGAAUGUGCCUUUAGAUUUUGAUCAAGAGUGCUUCCCAAUUAGACUUCAUAAUGAGAACAGUAAAACUGCAGCUCUUUCUGAAAAUGAAGAUUGUGAAAGGAAUGUUAAUUCAUUUAAAGCUGGAAGAACAUCUGAUGAUGCCUUGAAUGAAGGCAGGGCUUCUACAUUUGAAUCUUUUGAUGAUAUUGAGGAGAUAAGAGAUUGGAAUCAUGUACCUGCUUCAAAGGAUUCACUUUCAUAUCCUGAGGAGGCACAGACUGUACUAGAAAGACCAGAUGAUUGCCCUUCCUUUGAGAACUUUGAUGGCAGCAACAAGGAUGUGAGUCAGUCAGAAUCCAUAACCAGAUUACCUACUUCAUUGGAAUUAUCCUGUGUUAUUUGUUGGACAGAAUUUAGUUCAACCAGGGGUGUUUUGCCAUGUGGACAUCGAUUUUGUUAUUCAUGUAUCCAAAACUGGGCUGAUCAUUUGAUUUCAAGUGGAAAAAUUUCAAGAUGUCCUUUGUGCAAGGGUAGUUUUGUAAGCAUCACUAAAGUGGAGGAUGCAGCAACCUCUGAUCAGAAAAUUUACUGUCAGACUAUUCCUUGUGCCUCCUCAACAACAGAUAUUUUCUUAUUAAAUGAUCAAGAAAGAUGCAGAUUCGGUGCUGAGUCUUCAUUAGCAUCAGUUUGUGGUGAAUGCUGUUACCGGGAACCUGAGGAUCUUCUAGUUAGCUGUCAUUUCUGCCAGAUUCAAUAUAUUCAUAUAUACUGCCUGGACCCUCCUCUGUUACCAUGGAACUGCAGUCACUCUAAGGAUCUCCAAAGGCUUUAUUAUCAAGCCAGAUGAUUUGUUUUGCAGGAAUUCAUCGCUUACACUGCAAGAAUAUUCAUUUCUUAAUCUUAUACAUGUAGCAUUUUAGCUUCAGUGCUCCUCAUGCAGCUUUAAUCCGAAUAAAAUCACUGAAUAAACGGUUCUGCUUCUCUUUGCUUUAACAGUCAUUGCUAGUACCAGCUGUUGAAACUGCUCAUAGCUGUUAAACCAACAUUUGACUCAUUAACUCUUAGUGCCUACCCUUUUUUGUGACUAAGGCAGUCAUUUAGAUGUUCUAUAUUAUUCCUAUUGUUGUCUUCAAAAUGUCACUUUGCUUGUUUAUGACAUUAUUCUUUUCCUC